AUGUCAUCCUCAGUACUCCUAUUGUUGCAUCCUUUGAUGGCCUCUGAGCCAACUACAGUGGAGGAAACAAAAAAGAAACUUCAAUCACUUCAUCCAAAUGAGCAUUUAAUGCAGUAUGUUAUAGAUCGAGUGGCUUCUGGCAAACAAAGCUUGCCUGAAUCAACGUUUAGCUUGGUAUAUUAUUUGGCACCUGAUGGCGCUAGAAAGAACAAGUUUAACGGUCCUCUAACUGAGAACAUAUUCCAGUCUUUGAUUCCAAAUGGUGUGUUUGAAGGCCUCAUUCCGGAUGAUUGUAACGUUCUUGCUAUAAAGGCCGGAUUCCUUGUAGCACAGGAUGGAACUAAAUGGAUAAAGCCAAGCAAGCAGGAUGCUGUUGUUCCUUUGAAAAGAAAUACUACAUCUACAGCAGGAAAGAAGUUUUCCGGUCUACCUUUAUUCAAGAAAAACGUUGAAAACCUCACAGGCACUCCAAAUUUGACAGAUAGUGGAUCGGAGAACUUGGACGACGAUAACGAUUCUGUCGAAACUGAGAUGGACACCAAGUUAAAGCAAAGCAAACUGAUUUACUUCGAGAACAGUGAUAGUGAUGAACUUACCGACGAAGAACUGUACGAUGAGAACAAAUUGUUGGAUUCUCCAGGGCUAUCGAAGCCUCUUGUUGGGCCUUUGAAGAACUGUGGACGUACUGGAAAGAAAAGAAGAAGAGCAUGCAAGGAUUGCACUUGUGGUCUGAAGGAAGAGGAGGAAAAUGAAGACAAGCAGCAAAGAUCUGUGCAGGAUGAACUUUUGGGCAAAAUGUUGCAGAAGACUGUUAAGGAAGUGGGAAAAACUGAAAAGCAAGCCAAAAAGCAAGAGCAAAAGACAGGUAAGGUUGUGAAGUUUAAGCCUGAGGAGAUGAACGAGAUUGACUUCACAGUUGAAGGCAAGAAAGGUGGAUGUGGAUCUUGCUCGCUUGGUGAUGCAUUCAGAUGUGAUGGCUGUCCAUAUCUUGGUUUGCCUGCCUUUAAGCCGGGUCAGCCAAUUAGUCUUGAAGGAAUGGCUCAAGACAUUUAA